AUGAAGAAGCCCUCGGAGGAGGCAGUGGAACCGCCAACUUCUGUUAGCGCUCAAGGGAAUGUAGAACAGUCUCAGUUCAACACAAUGCUGCCCAAAAAAGAAGAUCCAAUAUUUUCUAAGGCGACGACUGGUUCCUUGUAUUCACCACCGGGAAGGGAUGCAAGCUCAGAUGGUGAAGAUGAUGAAGAAGAUGACCAGCUUCCACUGAAGGAGACACACAUAUUCAGAUACAUAUCUCCUCGUUCGAGGGAAAAAGCUUUUUGA